UCCAGUUCGGUAAUAGAGGAAAAUUUAAAUGUCCAAGUCGGAGUCUUGAAGGGACAUAUUGUACCUCGAUGCAUUCCUUGUUGAGUUUGACCCCCUUCUCUUUCAUUCCGCUUGUAUGUCAAUAAAACAGGAUCUUGCCUGCUCGUUCAGUGAACCGCGCGCCUGUCACCUUGGCUAACACGUGAUAUCCCACACUAUUGGACGUUUCGGCUGGUGCCACGUUCCGAUUGGACGGCGAAUCGACCGGGGAGCUGACAGACCCUAAGAUGAACCGAAACCUUUCCAAACUGCGAUGUUUAUGUUGGUUUACGUGACCCGGACGCUUCAUUCAUUAUUUGAAGAAUAUACGUUUUUAAAAUUUUCGUAUAAAAAUAUAAGGAUGGAUUAUGUGUUUUGGUUUGGAAGGAAGUCAACUCAUCUCAUAAAUAUCCAUUGUUUUGUAUGUUAUCCAAGCAUGAAAAAUGCAUGUGAUGUUUUAUAUAUAUAUAAUAAUAUUUGAAUAAAGAAAUAUAUAUAAUAAUAUUUGAAGAUUGGAUACAUGUGAAAUAUGGAAUAUGGAUAAAUAAUAUGUUCUGUAUAAAAGGGAAAAUAACCAUUAAAAUAAACUGUACUUAAGAUAAUGAAAAUAAUACAACACUUAUGAAUUUCUCAAAAUAUAAAUGAAUUAGUUUGUUUUCAAGCUUUACAACAUUUAAAAAAGAGAGAUGAAAAAUUAUUCAAAAUUAAUAACUACUAGACAUUACGACCAUCUACGAAAAAUGGACAGUAGAUCAACAAAGAAGCUUAUUGCUUUGAAAUUACUUAGAAAUAAAAAUUCAUCGUUAGACAAAAAAUCAAAUUCAAUGUUGUCUCCACAGCGUAAAUUGAGACCACGUUUUCCUUAUAGUGCCUCGGAUGAAUGGCCUGUAGCUCGUGCCCAUCGUAUGGCAAGUUUAAAUGCAAGAGCUAAAGUACAUAUCCUAUAUGAAAAUGAAUGUCGUGGCAAUGGAAAUGAUAGUUACGAGAGUGAAGAGGGUUGUGGUUCUGAAACGGGUAAAUCUGAUUAUUGUGAUCGCAGAUUGUGUCAUCAUAAACAGACAACUAAUAAAAAUAGUUCAUUCAGGGAUAAGCAAGAAAAGCAAAAUUCCAAACUUAACGAGAAGAGUGAAGAAAAAGUGAAGAGAGUUAGGAAAAGACGAAAUCAUAAAAGAAAAUUAGAUGAUGUAGAAAUUAUUGAUACCAGAUCCUGUAAAAGAAUGGCAAACUUGAAUGCCCAAGCUAUUCUUGCUGCUAGUUAUUUGUUAGAAAGAAGCCGUAAAGAAAGAAAUGAAAAAAAAUGCUUAAAAAAUGAAAAGAAAUCUGAUUUGACUUCUGUAAAUAAUUCUGAUAAUAGUGAUUAUAAUAACCAUAGUGACUCAACAGUAAGUAUUAGUCAUUCAGAAGAUACUUGUGAAAAUAUUAUUGUUGAUGAUUUAGAAGAGGUUACAGAAUUUAGAAAUUCCCAUUUUAAUAUUUCAAAUUCACCUGAGAAUAGACAUUCCCCAAUAAUUUCUGUGUCAGAUGAUCAAGAAGAUCAGGUUCAAGUAACUGCUAGAGAUAACGAAAAAGUUUCUGUAGAUGAUGAAAAAGAUUCAAGUGUUGAUUGUACUGUCCAAGAAAGAUGUGAGUUGCAUUCCAUGACUUCAGCCAAUGAUACUUCAAGAACUAUGACCAGUACUGCUGUUAGUAAAGUAGGAAUGACUGAAUAUACAGAAGUUACUAAAGUUCAUAUUAAUACUACAGAAGAUAUGGGAAUUAAGGAAGAGGGUAAAGUAGAACAAAAAAUUGAACAUAUUUUAGAGAAAGAUGAUGUUGCUAUUACUAGAAUGUAUCAUUAUCAAACUAAAGGAAACAGUCAAAGUUAUUGUUUACAAAUGCAGACUACUUAUAAGCCAAGUUCAACUAAAGGUUUUACACCACCUCCCUCUGUCAUUAAUCGAUCGUCGCCAAGAAAAAUGCAUCUAGACACUCCACCACAUGUGAUGAGUACAAUGCUUCAUAAUAGUCAAAGUUAUUAUAGUUACCCCAGCCAUUCUCCUGUGAUACCAGAUUCUAAUACACAAACUUAUCCAAUUAGUCAUGGUUUGGCAGGAAUAAACAAUAUUCCAAUGGUUAAUGUUGGACCUCUUGCAAGGCAUUAUAGCAGUGCAUUUACAGUACCACAUUAUGGUCAUCCACCACCAAUGCCAUAUCCUCCCAGUGAAUAUGGUUAUUAUCAACCAGCAGGACCUUUAAUUCAGCCUAUUCAUGAUCCUUGUCUCAUCCAUAAACCUGUACCAUACCAUCCCCAGCAUCAUCAUUUACAUCCUCCUCAAAAUUCUCAUGCAUCCUAUCCUGAUCAGUGCCUCUCACAUCAUUCAUUGUCUUCAUCAGGUCCUCCUCCACCCCAUCAAAAUUCUCAUUGUUCAAUUGAGGUUCAUCCUCCUCCACCUCCACCACCUCAACCACCCCAUUAUCCUCAGAACAAUAUAGGAAAUAAUUCUUCAUAUCAAAUAUCUCAUCAUCAAGUUAAUCAAACAUCUAGUCAACCGCCUUCAUCAGUUCAUCAUCAACCAUAUUCCAGUCAUGGUCUUCCUAUGAUAAAUUAUUGUCCAAAUCAUACACAGAAUCAAUCGCAUCAGAGCCAUUUAUAUUCUCAGCAUGGAAGUCGGUUCUGCCCGGAAUAUUCGGCAUCUAAUUACAGAAUUGCUUCAUCACUUAAAUCAUCUCAAAAAGAAAGAAAUGCAACUCAUUCUGUUUCGACUAUAUCUCCAUUACCGACUAUGGUACCAAAAUCUGAACCUGUAACGCCACCCGAAACCAAAAUCAAUACACAAGAUGAAAAACUUUCUAAUAUGUGUAACAGUAAUCCUCGACAACAGAUUUCAUCAAGCACGUCUAAAAAGAAAUUAGAAAAGCGACUUCAGGAAACAAGAACAGAAGAAUCCAGUGUUAGUAAUAAUACUUCUAUUUUCAUUCCCUCUGUUCAUAUUUCAAAAUCAGUAUCUUCAAAUAAUGAUAUUAAAAGUAAUAUUGUAUUAAUAAAUGAAAAAUCUUCAAAAAAGCCUUUACAAAAACCUGACCCAACUCCAUGUGAAAAAGUAAGUGAUAACGAAAAUAAACAAUGCAGCAAUAGUUUUAAUAAUAAAUCCGAUAAAUCCAGCGAGCACCAAAUUAUUAAUUCUGUUCAGAGAAGAGCAAGAUUGUUGAAACUUCGACAUCAUUUGAAGCAGUCGCUCCCAGCUUAUCCAAUUAAUAUAAAUGUAGACCAGGAAAAAUAUGAAUCAGUUGUUACUUCCAAACCUGUUUCAAAUGAUAUUUUUUGUAAAUUAAAAUCAACACAGCAAUUAAGUUCAAAUACUAUUUCAGGAAAAGAAAAUUCGGCUGUUAUAACAAUGAAUGAAUCAACAGAAAAUGAGAGUGAAGAAUCAAGUAAAAAUGAAAAUCCUUUACCUAAAUCAAAAAAUGGAGAAGUGAUUACAUCAAAAGUUCCACAGAAGAAACUGUUUGUAUCAAUUCCCCGUCUUGUGUUUCCAAAGAAAUCUGACAAUAAACAGUUCUCUAAUGGUUGGUCCUGGAUAGGAGAGCCAUUUGAAAAGCUGAUAUAUUACAAUAUAGAAUUGGCAAAUGAGAAAACAAGAAUUUUUGAAAGCAGAUAAGAUAACUGUCGAGGAUUGUGAAAGAAAGCAAAAAAGAAAAAUUCUGAAUGAUAUGCCAAAUCCUUCACAAUUUAAGUGUUUUCUGAAGAACAAGGAGAAUAUUUUGGAAAGCUUCAAUGAACAAUGAAUAAAUGUGAGUUUUCAGAUGCUGAAAAGUGUGUACUGAAUUGGUUUAUACAGUGUAAAGAUGAGAAUAUUCCUGUUAAUAGAAAAUUUCAUAGAGAAAAACCUGAACAACAGUUUAGAUGUACCAGAUUCAAAACAAGCAUGGGUAGUUGGACAAAUUUAAGAAGAGGCAUGGAAUAGUUUUCAAUAAAACUGGUGGAUGUUCAGAAUUGCAAGAGGAGGAUUGUGCAGAGUAGUUGAAAAGUUUACCAGAAAUUGUACAGAACUGUAGCCCAGAUGGCAUUCUCAAUGCAGUGUUAUGUUCUUGAGGAGUGAGGACAUUUUUAAUAUAUUGUAAUUAAAAUUUUACAAAAAAAAAAAAAAAAACACUUAAAAAAUUUUUU